AUGACUAUUGGAGAUAAAGAAAAAUGGACAGCUUCAAAUGUUCGUUCUACAUUUAUUAAAUAUUUCACAGAUAAGAACCACAAAUUUGUUGCCUCCAGUCCGGUUAUUCCAUACGAUGACCCAACCCUAUUGUUUGCUAAUGCUGGUAUGAAUCAAUAUAAGCCAAUUUUUUUGGGAACUGUUGAUCCAUCCUCUGAUUUUUACACUUUAAAAAGAGCUUGCAAUUCUCAAAAAUGUAUUAGAGCUGGUGGUAAGCAUAACGAUCUAGAAGAUGUCGGAAGAGACUCAUAUCACCACACCUUUUUUGAAAUGUUAGGUAACUGGUCUUUUGGAGAUUAUUUCAAAAAAGAAGCUAUUGAGUACACCUGGAAUUUAUUAACUAAAGUUUACGGUAUUCCAGACGACAGAUUAUAUGUUACUUAUUUCGAGGGUGAUCCAAAGAAUGGCUUAGAACCGGAUCUAGAAGCCCGUGAAUAUUGGCGUUCUGUUGGUGUUGCCGAUGAUCACAUUUUACCCGGUGAUGCUAAAGAUAAUUUUUGGGAAAUGGGUGAUCAAGGUCCAUGUGGCCCAUGUUCUGAAGUUCACUACGAUAGAAUUGGUGGAAGAAAUGCCUCUAGUUUAGUUAACCAAGAUGAUCCAGAUGUUUUGGAAAUUUGGAAUAACGUUUUUAUUCAGUUUAACCGUGAACAGGAUGGUUCUUUGAAACCUUUGCCAGCCAAACACAUUGAUACUGGUAUGGGGUUUGAAAGACUAGUUUCUGUUUUGCAAGAUGUUAGAUCUAAUUAUGAUACCGAUGUUUUCUAUCCCUUGUUUGCCCGUAUUCAAGAAAUCACUGGUGCUAGAAGUUAUACCGGUAAAUUUGGUGAGGAAGAUGUUGAUGGUAUUGAUACCGCCUAUAGGGUUUUAGCUGAUCACGUUAGAACAUUAACUUUUGCUUUAGCAGAUGGUGGUGUUCCAAAUAAUGAAGGUAGAGGCUAUGUUUUAAGACGUAUUUUGAGAAGAGGCGCCAGGUAUGCUAGAAAGUAUAUGAACUAUCCGAUCGGUGACUUUUUCUCCAAGCUAUCUCCAACUUUGAUCGAUCAAGUUAAGGACAUGUUCCCGGAAGUAGCCAAAGACCCAUCCUACUUGUUUGAAAUUUUGGACGAAGAAGAAGCUUCUUUUGCUAAGACCUUGGAUCGCGGAGAAAAACUAUUUGAAAAAUAUGCCGACGCUGCUGCCAAAUCAGAAUCUAAAACUUUAAACGGCAAAGAAGUUUGGAGAUUGUAUGACACUUAUGGGUUCCCAGUUGAUUUAACCAGACUAAUGGCCGAGGAAAAGCAUUUGAAAAUUGAUGAGGAGGGCUUUGAAAAGGCUAAACAAGAAUCCUAUGAAGCCUCAAAGAGAGGUGGCAAGAAAUCCAGUGCUUCCUUGGUUAAAUUGAAUGUUCAUGAUUUAUCUAAGUUGGCUGACGAGAAAGUUUUGAAAACUGAUGACUCUGCAAAAUAUAGUACAAGCGAUGUUGAAGCUAUCAUUUUAGGUAUCCAUAACGGAGAAGGAUUUGUUGAAGAAAUGACUGAAGUUGGUAAACAAUAUGGUUUGUUGUUGGAUAAAACCUGUUUUUAUGCUGAGCAAGGUGGCCAAGAGUACGACACUGGUAAGAUUGUUAUAGACGGUGUUGCAGAAUUUAAUGUGGAGAAUGUCCAAUUAUAUGGUGGGUUUGUUUUGCAUACUGGUACUUUAGCCGAGGGUGAAUUGCGCAAGAACGAUAAAGUUAUUGCCUCUUAUGAUGAAUUACGUCGUCAUCCUAUAAGAAAUAAUCACACUGGUACCCAUAUUUUAAACUUUGCUCUGAAGGAAACUUUGGGUAAUGAUGUAGACCAAAAGGGUUCCUUGGUUAAUCCAGAAAAAUUGAGAUUUGAUUUUUCUCAUAAGAAGGCCCUAUCUUUUGAAGAAUUAGAAAAGGUUGAAGCCAUUUGUAACGAACAAAUUAAAAACAACUUAGCCGUUUAUUACGAAGAAGUUCCCUUGGAUAUUGCUAGAUCUAUUUGCUCUGUUCGUGCUGUGUUUGGAGAAACUUAUCCAGAUCCAGUCCGUGUUGUUUCCGUUGGUAAGCCCGUGAAGGAGUUAAUAGCCGAUCCAGGCAAUGCUGAGUGGAAUAACUAUUCAGUGGAAUUCUGCGGGGGUACACAUGUUAGCAAAACUGGUGACAUAAAGGAAUUCGUCAUCGUCGAAGAGAAUGGGAUUGCUAAGGGUAUUAGGAGAAUUGUUGCUGUUUCAGGAAGCGAGGCUUAUAACGUUCAAAGAAUUGCUCGCGAGUUUGAGAUUGAAUUAGAUGCUUGCGGCAAAUUACCAUUCGGUCCAUUAAAGGAAAAAACAGUCAAAGCAUUGGGUGUCAGAUUAGGGCAAUUAUCUAUCUCUGUUAUCACCAAGGACCAAUUGAAGAAGAAAUUUAACGCCAUUGAAAAACUUGUUAAAGAUGAAGUUAAAACCAGAACCAAGAAACAAAUUAAGCAGACUUUGGAUGAGGUUAAGAAACACUUUGAAGAAAACAAAGAUUCUACUUACUGGGUUAAAUUCAUUGAUAUUCCAACAAAUGCUAAAGCUAUUACAGAAGCUAUAAAUUAUAUAAAAUCAUCUGACAAAGACAAAUCUAUUUAUUUAUUUACUGGGAAUGAUCCAGAAGGUAAAGUUGCUCAUGGUUGUUAUAUUUCAGAUAGUGCUAUUGCUAAGGGUGUUAAUGGAGUUGAUUUGGCUAAAUUAGCAUCUGGUGCCAUCGGAGGAAAGGCAGGUGGCAAAGGCAAUGUUUACCAGGGCAUGGGUGACAAACCAAGCGGCAUUGAAAAAGCUAUAACACAAAUUUCUGAAUCAUUGAAAGAAAAGUUGGUUGUAUGA